GGGGGUAGUCGGGUAGUUGCUUCCCAGACCUCAUAGUGUUCAGUUGUGCUCAGUAUCACAAAACAAAAAUUAAUCCUAACAACUAUAUCACUAUCAUAAUUUUGUGCUAAUCACUUGUCAAUGACAGGUAAACAUGAAUAAAAAAAACAAUUAGGAGAAGUGAAAUGCCAAAGUACAAGUGUUCAUUCACAAAAUUAAAAUAAAUAAAUCUUUCAUUCAAUUAAAUUCCAAUUAGUGAAACUAUAAAUAAUCAUGGAGAAAAAUCCAAAAAUUCAAUUUGAACUUGGUAAAGAAGUAUCGCGUGGUAAUUUUUUCAAAAGUUCGUUUGCACGUUCAUUUGUGUCAAAUUGUCAUGACGUUAAAUCCCUGGAUAUUAAUUACAUGAAUAAGUUACUGAAUGAUGAUCAGUCGGAGGGAAAUUUGUCUACAGACACGAUAACCAGUAACAACAAUUACUAUUCUCUCAACAAUUUCCAGACACCCACCAAAGUAUUUGGUAGCAUCGAGACAACACAAAUGUCAACGCCGAAUGAAGUUUACAUCAGGGAGUUGAAACAUCUCAGAAAGCAAUGUCAAAGCUUGACAGAGGAGAAUCACAGACUAAAUAGUGUCCUCGAGAUAGAUCAAGAGCCAAGGGCUCAAAUUAUUGACGUUGUUCUACUGAAAACACAGGUGGAAACCCUCAAGUGGCAGUUAACACAGGCAGAAGCCAAUCAACGAAUGUACAGAUCACUGUUACGUCAGAUUGCCCGAUUUUUGGGAAUAACAAAGAAAAGCCUGGAUUAUCUUAACAAGAAUAAUGCAAAUACUAAACGUUCAUCAGCCCGCAGUAAUCGCAGUCAAAGUGUCUACAUUGAAAAAACAUCAACGAAUUCAACAAUACCAGUGACAUCCCCAACAAAUAGUCCCAAAUUCAGCCGUGCCAAAUCUGUAACACAAAUUCCCACAAGUGGCUGCUCAGGAUUUCGUGAAUUCACGUGGUCUGUAUUUAGGAGGAAUGAUUCAGCCCAUUCUGCACCACCGAAAGUUAAAUCAGAUAAAAAAACACCUGAGCCAGUCAAUAAAACAGCCGAUGAAGUUGUUUAUAGACGACCCGGUAAAGAUGUCAAUUCCGAAGAGACUGAAGAUCAUGUACCAACGGAAAAAUUAUCCCAGGAGGCAUUUAGAUUAAUGCGAACCGUGGAUUCCCUCCUAUCGAUGCGUCAUCCAGACUUAGGGACUGUCUCAUCAUCCUCGUCAGCAUUCUCAUCAGUAUCCUCCUCGUCCUGUGCCUCGUCUACCCACGAGAACAUCAUCGACGAUGACAACAACAACAUUUCCAUUACUCAAUUUACCAAGGCAGCAAAAGGUGCCAGCUCAACGUUGAUACGUGAAAAUUCCUCCAUCGAUGAUGAAAGAUCCAUAAAAUCCCUCAAUUCAACAUUUACAACUGCCGAAUGUAAAAUCACAAAGAGAAAUGAGAGUAGAAAAAAAUCAUCACUGAGUUCUAUUUCAAGACAAUUGUUCAAACAAACAGUAAGCACAACUCCAAAAGUGAAGAGGCCAGUCAAAGAGCCACGACUGACAGCCCUGAAAGACGAUAAAGCGAAUAACAUAAAUUGUGGAGACGAUGAAAGUGGAUUUUCAUCAAUGAAUUCAUUUCAGGAUGUUGGUCUACCAAUGACCAGUGUUCUUUCACCGAUGAAGGGCUGUCAUACGGAAAUAGGCCUACCAAAAAUACCACGGGAUAAAGCUAACCACAGAAGGUGGUCCUCAACACCUGUCGAGCUUCAAACACUCCUGAAGAAAUGCAACAAUGGAUUCAUGCCCAAUCGCGCCAACGCCGAGUCAGUUAGUGUUUGGGUGUGAACAAUUAUGGUAUCAUGAUUCAUUUUAUACCACUCCAACAACAGUAAUUCAACAUAAAUAAACAAUAGUCUCCCCCUCGAGGAAAUACACUUCAGCUCUCUCAACUGAACAUUUCAAAAAUCCGAGUGUAAGGCCAUCAAGUUGAACGAAUAAAUCCAAAAGUCAAGAAAUCAUAAAAGAGGACUGAUUUUUGAACAGCCCUGAAGGAGCCUAAAACGAAUAAAUUAACAAUGCAGAGGAUGAAAAGAAUAUUAAUCUGCCAAAGACCAAUGGUCUCUCUGACGAAGGGCUGUCAUAUGGGCACAGGUCACCCACUAUUGUCACGGGACAGGGCGAACAACAGAAUGUCCACCUAAAAACCUGUUGAUCUCCAAACACUCGUCAAGAAGUGCAACAAUAGAGUUUUGUUCCAUCCCGUCCAACGUUCUCGUGACUCAUUGAAAAAUUAUAAUCGAAUAAUCGACCUAGUUAUCAUGAUACGUAGGCUACACUGCUAUCGUAUUCAUCACCGUUUCAUAUUAAUUGUACUCUAAUGAUCGGUGUAAGACAUCACUGAAUGUUUAAUUUCUGGUAAUUACUAUUGCUGUUAAUUUUUUUAAAUGCAUUAUAGAUAAUAGAAUUCGCUUGAUUACGAAAAUUAAAUUAGUAAAUACUGAGGUGGUACUUUACUUCAUUGCUCAGGGACGCGAACAAUCUAUUCUGACAACAAACAACAAUAAUUGUAUUACUUUCAUACCAGAAAGCAUUCAGUUAAAGUUGAGAGUGCAUCAGAAUGACUGCAGGUAAAUUACUUCGUGAGUUUCAUCAUCACGAUUAUGGGAAAACUGAUGACUUUCUUCCUAACAGUUGAUUUGGAAUUUUCCCUAUCAUCCCAUGAUUUUCUUUACAGGACCAACGGAUUUUAACUGGGAUAAUGAUAAUAAUAAUAUUAUUAAUGACCUGAGGAGUCGCGUAUUUUUGACAGUUACAACGAUGUGUCAAAAAUGAACAGCGUUCAUCACCCUCAUAUCGAUGUCAGUUAAAUGAAAUUGAAUAAAUUUUUGACAUUUUCA